AUGCUAAAGAAAGCCAUUAAGGCGUGGGGCAAGAAGAACGCGGAAGGACUAUUCCGGAACAUUCACACGAAGACUAUAGUAGAGGCAGUGAGCAAGCUGCUGCAGAAACGGGUUCCUUACAGCCAUAUGGUCUCCGCGGUCAAUAAUGAGGUGAUUAAGCGCCUUAGGCGAGUGGGAAGAGGACACCAAGUUCAGAAAGGCAUGAUUCAAGGAGAUCUAAAGAACGCAGUCUCAAACAUGGACCUAGGACGACUUGACGUCCUAGUUGCAAGGGACCUGGACUUGCCAAGCGGGACUGGGGACUUGGAGUCGGAGACUGAUAACGAGGUGUUAGACCAAGGCUUAGAUAAAGACUCUAGCGAGGAUGACGGGCCUAGGAAGCCUCGGAGAAAGACUGGUUCCGCGGAAGGGAAGAAGCCAGUGAAGACUCUAAAGAAAGGAUGUGGGUGUAAGCUCACGGACUCGACGAUAGCCCGGUUUCAAGGUCCACAGUUCGAAGGAUCUGCCACACAACAGGAGAAACUGAAGGUCUUGAGACAUGCUGGAAGAAGCUUAGGAGACUUUAACGAGGCGAAUAUCUGUUACGCCCACGCCAAGUCCUUUGGAUUGUUUCUUAGACUAUACACACGGACGUAUACCCACCCCCAGCUAGCAACUCGCUUAACCGUCUGCUAUAAGCACAUUGGAGACUGGAAGAAGUUCGAGCAAGAUAAUCCCACGUGGUUCUAUAAGAAAACUGCCUCGGGCGCGCCAGCAACGAUCUUCCGAUUUCGGCCGAAGAUAGCCACACCUGAAAUUGCGGACUUCGAGUCCUGUGGACUGUCCUCAAGAGACUUAUAUAAGAGAUGUUUCGGAGUCCUAGAAGGACGGGAUAAGGACCUCGCUAGCUCUGUCCUAGAAGAAUUCUCCUUGGAAGGAACGGUAGUCUUGGAAGGGCUAUUUGCCUAG